AUGGUUCCUUUUUCAGGUAUUCCCAUUCAAGGACAAGUGCUUGUUGAUCCAGCAACCGGACAACACUAUAUUGUGCCACAGGCAACGUUUUUCCCACCUGCUGUCCAGCCAAUGUACUUUCAAGCACCUCCAACUCCGGUCUAUUAUCCUUAUGGACAAGUUCCAACGCAGGGCUAUGUGAUGCAGUCGGCACCACCUCAAGCCCAAUAUUCUGUUCCACUAGCUGCUUACCAGCAGCGGCCGUACGGUUUUCGACCAGGUUAUGCACAGAGCACCGCAUCAAGUGAAGACAUUAGCAGAAGAGACGAUGACAGAAGGCUUGAGGAUCCACCACCGUCCUCGCCUUCAAUUUCUUUGGCUACUCAAUCUGGAUUUUUCCCCACCAAUUUUAUUCCAACAACUGCAGCUGCAUCGUUUCCACUUCAAUACCGCCAGCAACAAAAUCCUCAGCGCAGCAGUCCCAACAGUCAGCCUGAAGAUCCUGAAAGUGGAAGGGAUGGAUUCAGGCGAGAUGUCACCCGUUCGAGCUCUGAAUUCCAGCGCCUGUCUGGUGAUUUUCGAAGACAAGGGAGCGGAGAGUUUGGCCGUUCUACUGACAGUUUCUCUCGUGUGUCUAACGGCGACAAUGCUAGAUCUGAAGCAUAUUACCGAGGUAGCGCUGCGGACAGCGAAGUGUUCAACCGAAGCAGUGAAGCUGCACGGAUGACUGAGCGGACUCCUCUCUACGGAGGGCCUCCACCUUGGUGGGGUCGUCAUCAAGAUGAGCACGGCGAUUCUCUUACCGAUGUUGAAAGUCCUCGUGCUCACCCACGGUCAUCGCCGCCUACUUCUGCAUUGUCAGAAUCAGAUUUAACGCGCACUCGACAGCUUCCAGCCAAGGCCGUUAGAAUGGACAUAGAUUUAAGUAAAGUAGGCGAAGAUGAAGCACCAAGACCAAAACCGACCACGUCCCGAUCUGUUCGCAUGGAUAUCGAUCUCAGCAAAUUACCAGAUGAAACAAAAACG